AUGGUGGUUUAUAAUCAGGACACAAAAAGGACAUGGAAAGAAAUAGAGGAAAGGGUAGACAGGAGAGAAGAGGAAAUGAUCAUCGGCGGAGACUGGAACGCAAGAACGGGAGAAGAGGGAGGGCCGAUAAACGAGGACCUAGGGAAAGAUAAAAGCAGGCGAUCAAAAGACAAGACAAUAAACAUGGAAGGAAGAACUCUGCUAAAGUACAUGGAAGAGAGAGGCUGGAUGAUAAUCAAUGGCAAAGGUAAAGAAGGAGAGAAGUGGACCUAUAUUGGGGAGAGAGGAAACUCAGUAAUAGACUAUGUGAUUAGCAAUCCGGAGGCGACAGAAGAAAUAAUUGACAUGAAAGUAGGAAAAAGAACAGAGUCGGAC